GCACUGGGAGAGGAGCGCGCGGUCGCGAGCGAGGAGGGAGGGAAGGAAGGAACUGGGAGGCAGGCAGGCAGGCAGGCUGGCAGGCGCGGGGGUCGAGGACUGAAGCAAUACAGGCGGGCGAGACCCCGGCCACCGCUUCGCGCUGGUGCUGCGCGGGCUUUCGGAAGGACGGCCGCUCGGUCGGCUGAGGGGAAGCGGGCGCCGCCGGCGUCGGUGCUGUUGCCGGGGGGCGGGGGACCAGAGAGGCGAACAGGGGGGUCGCUGCGGUGCUGGUCUCCCCGCCGCGCUCUCCUCGCGCUCUCCGGGCUUCUCCCCGUGUCUCCCGGCCGCCGGGGCCCCGCUCCCCGCCCCCCGCGGUAUGUCUUGAUCCCGAGCGGCGGGUUUCAUGGGGCUCCUUAGGAUUAUGAUGUCGCCCAAGUUCCAGCUGCUGGCGGCGGUGCUGGCCUUCGCCGUGGUGAUGCUCUUGUUGCUGAACAAGGUCCAGAAGCAGGAGGAGUCCCUGUCGAAGCUAGAGAGGGCUUUCGCAAGACAUGAAGUUCGAGAAAGUGAGCAGCGACAUAUACUGGAUGGACCUCGGCAAGAUGCAGCGUUAGAUGAGGAAGAAGAUAUGGUGAUCAUUUACAACAGAGUUCCCAAAACUGCAAGCACCUCAUUUACAAAUAUUGCCUAUGACUUGUGUGCAAAGAAUAAAUACCAUGUUCUUCACAUCAACACUACCAAAAAUAAUCCAGUGAUGUCAUUGCAAGAUCAGGUACGCUUUGUAAAGAAUAUAACAUCCUGGAAAGAGAUGAAACCAGGAUUUUACCAUGGACACAUUUCUUACUUGGAUUUUGCAAAAUUUGGUGUAAAAAAGAAGCCAAUUUAUAUUAAUGUCAUAAGGGAUCCUAUUGAGAGGCUAGUUUCUUACUAUUAUUUUCUGAGAUUUGGAGAUGAUUAUCGACCUGGAUUGAGGAGACGAAAACAAGGAGACAAAAAGACUUUUGAUGAAUGUGUGGCUGAGGGCGGCUCAGACUGUGCUCCAGAGAAGCUCUGGCUUCAAAUCCCAUUCUUCUGUGGCCAUAGCUCGGAAUGCUGGAAUGUGGGAAGCAGGUGGGCUAUGGAUCAAGCCAAGUAUAACCUAAUUAAUGAGUACUUUCUGGUGGGAGUUACUGAAGAACUUGAAGAUUUUAUCAUGUUACUGGAGGCAGCUUUGCCACGGUUUUUCAGGGGUGCAACAGAGCUCUAUCGUACAGUAGGAAAGAAAUCUCAUCUUAGGAAAACCACAGAGAAGAAACUCCCCACUAAACAAACCAUUGCAAAAUUGCAGCAGUCUGACAUUUGGAAAAUGGAGAAUGAGUUCUAUGAAUUUGCACUAGAGCAGUUCCAGUUCAUCAGAGCCCAUGCUGUUCGAGAAAAAGAUGGAGACCUCUACAUCCUUACACAAAACUUUUUCUACGAAAAGAUUUACCCUAAGUCGAACUGAAUACGGUGUGAUUGUUAGAGUCUGGAACUAGAACUGUGACCCUGUCUUCACUUCAUUCUCAGCUUCACAUCAUGAAUUGCUGACAUGUAUAAGACGAUUUAUAUUGGGCUACAUUAGAAAACAGUAACAUCAAGGACAUAAAUACUGGCUGGUAUGUUAUAAGUUUAAGUUUCAGGCAUUUUUCUUUUUUCUGUUUGAAUUUUGGUGAGAGUUGCAACCUCCUGUGUGGAAGGGG